AUGCAAGGCUUCUCGUUCGCCCCCCCGACAGGACCCCCGAGGGAAGGCCAGAAAAACUAUGUAUUUGUCGAUGAACAUAACAGACAUAAGCGACUUAAAGUAAUGCGAGCUUGCAAUGGCUGCAGGAAGCGUAAGAUCAAGUGCGACGCUGCUACGACGAACACCUGGCCAUGUUCAGCAUGCACUCGCUUGAAAUUAGUUUGCGUUCCCCCUACAAUUGGACACGAUGGCGAGUAUUCAGCAGCGGAAAGCGUCGAUCCCAACACUGCCAGCUCUUUAAGCGCAUCAAACGCACCAGAACCUGCACUGUCUCCAUUUACCACCUCUCAAUCAUUUCGAGAUAAUGGUCAACCCACUAUGGGAAACAUGCACCCAUAUAAUGACAGCAUAGGGAUGUUUUCUCAAUUUGCGCAUUCCACUUCCAGCCAACCCAAUGUGUACGACGUACGAUCGUCCCAGGUUCCCGUGCCUCAUCAGUAUCAGCAACCACGGAUGUUCCCCAGCGACCAAAGUCAGUCUCUGGGGACCGCAGAAAGUGAUCUUUACAGUGACCAUGAUCAAUCUACUGCCGAAAACCUCAGCGAGGUUUUGGGAGAGCUCAAGAUAGACGAGACUGGCAUCGCACCUUAUAUCAGGCAUCAAAGAAGAGAGAGAGCUGAACCGGAAAUUCCGACUCAGGAUGAAAUAGAGGAAAAGUUGCCGCCUCUGAGCACUGGAGCUGGCUCCACCAUACGCAUUCCGCCUGAGCUUAUGCCAUCUGAUGACGAGGUCAUGAACUACUUCAAAAUAUACUUUGAUGAUAUACAUCCUUAUGUCCCUGUCAUUCAUCGAUCUCACCUUUACUACCAAUGGCAACAUGAACGAAGUUCAAUUUCUCCGCUUCUGCUUGAGGCACUAUUCGCGUGCGCAGGGAGGCUGUCGGACGACCCAGCUCAAGGAGCACAGUGGCUCGCUUUAGCAAACAGGCACGAAUCUAGCUUCAUGGACGAACCUCGUCUGAGUACAAUACAAGCUCUGCUUCUGCUAUUGAAGGCUCGAGAGUCGCGGCCAAAGAAGGGUUACUAUUACCGUUCUUGGCAAACCGUCAAGACAAUUGUUUCUAUGGCGAAAGACUUGGAUAUCCACGAGCAUAACAAUACUCACACGGAAGACAGGCCCUGCGACUUGAAUCCAGUGGAAUGCUUGGUGCAGACAAGAGUAUGGCAAGCCCUUCUGGUCGUUGAAGUUAUGAUUGGGGCGCCGCAGGGUCGCUCGGACUACGGUGUCGACCCUGAAACAGUAAAUAUGAAUCCGACAUUGGAUAUCCGAGGACUUGAUCAAUUUGAACUGGAUCGGUCUAGACAGUAUGCAUAUUUCGUCCGAAAUGCGCGCCAUAUUCGUAUUAUCGCCGACAUAUAUCAUAAGAUAAAGAAGCAAAAGGAUUGGGGAGCCAAUCCUAAAUUCGUUGAAAAGAACCCUCUCUUUACCGAUUGGCUCCAAAAUUUACCCUCGGAUCUUCAAGUCAACUACCCUCCGGAUGGAUCACCACCAUGGAUACCGUCGCAUUUUGUCGGAAACAUGCACUCACAUUGUCAUCUUGGGAUCAUCUUGUUGCAUCGUCCACAAUUGAUUGCUUCCAAGUCUUUUGCGGCAGGAGGUGGUUGGAAAAUGCAUAUGGCACUAUGCUACUCCUCUGCAAAAUACCUAUGUAGGCUUCAGGAAGCCAUUCUGAAUCGAUUUGGACUGUGUGGGCUACUUUUUAUGCAAAGGGGAAUCAAUUUCACGAUCUACACGAUUCUCACAUGCACAAUGCUGCACCUUGUGGCCAUAACAUCUCCAGAUCCAAAUUUUCACACAGAUGCACGGGAAUAUUUUACGCGACACAUGCGCAUCCUCGAGCGAUGUUCAUCUGCUUGGCCUAUGCCAGAACUACAAGCACAAAUUGAUUCCUUACGGUUUGCAUUUUCUGCCGAUGUGAAUCGACCUUUCGAAUUGAAGCCGACAUUCCCCUAUGGGAGUCCUUCCGAAUCAUACCACCCAAGUCCGCCACUAGAUUCUCAUUACGGGCCUCAGAUAAAUCAAGUGUCUAGCGUUCAAAGUAGAGUGGGUUAUACAACUUAUCCAGUAACCCCUCCAAUAUCAGCCGGUACUGAAGACUCAAAGUCCGACUCCUCUCAGCUCCAACCGUUGGGAUUAAUCCCGCCUCAUUCAAUGACCACAAAUACACCUUUAGUCGACGAAAAUAGCUGGGAUCCUACUCGCAUCAUCAAUCAAUGGGAUAUGGCAUUUUCCAUUGGCACACCCACUGUCACCACGAAUUCACCCCCGAUGGCCUUGAGCAAUACGUCUCAAACAGUCCAACCUCUUCCCGAACACUUCCCCGUACAGUAUGAACAACAAUCAAAGGUUGCUUCAGUCGCGCCCACUCCCGUGCCACACGCUCAGUUCACUGGGCAGCAGGUUUUGUUCACAGCACGGGACUGGCAACAGAGUGUUGCCAGUGUGUAUGAUCCAAACGGACUCAAACGGCGAUGGAAUUAUUCCCUUGAUAUGGGAGCAGAAAAUACUUCAAAGCGCCAACGUUGA